AUCGAAACCUUCACAAGUUGAGUGUCCGUCGCCCGUAGUGAAACGUCUAUUUUUUAGAUUUUAUCAAAAAGUACUUAAUACAUUUCGUUUAUUUGAUCUUAUUUUUGCGCAACAUAAGUCUUUGCAAUCCGGAAAAAGUGCAUGCGGUGGAGAAGUUCUUAUCGUGUCAUCCAAAUUGUUGCUUUUUACAUUCUAAAUCCAGCCAUGCCAAAUCGCAAUAUCGGAUAGGAAGAAAAUUUUCCGACGAAAGGUAGUUUCUCUUGGCUGUCGUCGUCGCCGUUCCGCUCCUUUCAUAACUUCUCCAUCGCCGCGGAUCGCGGAAUAUCUUAACAGCCUCGCAGAGUGAUAUCAGUGAGCAAUAUAGGAAGAGAAAAGUGUUCAGCGGGAAAUAAUAGCGACUGAACAAGGUGUGGGAAAUAUUGUGCACGAGUCGAAAAAAAGAAAAUUGGGAAGUUGAGUGAAAAGUGCAGUGUGCGCUUGGUGCAUCGCCUCUUCCGUUCCACUUUGACCGCGGCUGGAUAUCUGUCGAUGUAUUGAACAACAAUGUCGAAGAAUAAAAUUGCGAGUUGUAAGCUCGAAAGUGAUCACAUCGAGAUAAAGUCCAAGUUUGAUGCCGAAUUUCGACGGUGGUCACUGAAACGGUCCGAGCAGCACAAUUUCGAAGCAUUCCAGUUGCUGAUCGAGAGAUUGCACAAACUGGACCGUUCCCAGCUGCUGGUGUCCUACAUUGAUCCGCGAGAUAAUGAUUUGCUGCCCAUCAACAAUGACGACAACUUUGGACGAGCGUUAACCACUGCGCGGCCGCUGCUUCGCGUUAUCAUUCAGCGGAAAGGAGACAGCAUAGAGGAAAGGACCGGCUAUGGCACCAUAAGGCCACGGAACCUUAUUAGCAGCAUCCUCGGUCAGACCCCCGUGAAAUCGAAGAGUUUAGCAAUUUCGAAUCCGCAUGAUUUUCGACAAGUGUCCGCGAUCAUUGAUGUAGAUAUUGUGCCGGAAACUUGCAGAAGAGUUCGUCUGCUGAAGCAUGGCAGUGAUAAGCCUCUUGGAUUCUACAUUCGCGAUGGAACAUCAGUACGCGUAACGGCGAAUGGACUAGAAAAGCAACCCGGCAUCUUCAUAUCCCGCUUAGUCCCCGGCGGGCUGGCGGAAAGCACCGGUUUGCUGGCUGUGAACGAUGAAGUUCUCGAGGUGAACGGUAUCGAAGUGAAUGGCAAAACGUUGGAUCAGGUCACCGACAUGAUGGUUGCCAACAGUUCGAACCUUAUCAUCACGGUGAAACCUGCUAACCAAAGAACGUUGGCCCCUCCGAGGCGUGGUUCAUUCUCGCGCAAUAGUCAACUUUCCGGCGGUUCACACCAAUCACACCACACGACGGGAUCGGAGGAGAACGAUCAAGAUGAUCAGGACGAAAUUCGAGAUCUUACCGGUGCAGCGACGCUUGAAGAGAAUGCUUUAAUCACGCAGAAAGACGGGGUGCUUCAUUUGUAAGUUGCUCGAUGAGCAGAUAAGUUAAACUCAACCAGCACCACAACUUACCUUCUAGAGAUGCCUUCCCACAACAGCCUCCACGAAAUUGUAUAAUAAUGCACACUAUUGUGCGUCGAUUGUGACUCAAAUAUUUAGACGUCUUUUUAGACUACAUAUGUGUACCAACUUAUUAGAUAACUGCUAACAGUAUUUCAACAGUUCAUUCCGUUCGUUUAUAUUGUCCGCAUUUAGAUUACGAGAUAAAAGUUUAUAUUAUCUGUUAAGAACAUACAGUAUAUGCAUUUGGGAAAAAACCCAGAAUUGGAAAAUAAUUGUUGUUGCUUUUCUGCGUUGUGCUAUUCUACUUAUUCGGUAUCUUGUUUAGUGUUAGAAUAACUACUUCUUGCAAUACUACACGGUCAACUCUGUUUUUAUCCAGUUCUAUUUUCUCUUUUUCUAUUUGGUUUUGACGAAAUAGUGUUUCUUGCAAAGUUUGUGAAGAAAUCCCGAGAAAUCGAGCAGUUUAAGUGUGAAAAAUUCUGCUGGAAUUCCGGGUUGAAGUUUUGAAAAAAAAAACCGAGAGUAGUAAAUGGCUCCUAAAGGAAUCCAUGAAGACAUCGUCCAAGGCAAAUAGGUGGAAUAUCUGGAUGAAUUUUUGUUAGAAUCUGUUAAUAAAUUCAAGCUUUUAUAAAUUUCUUGCGUCAAAAUGGUUGGGCCAACGGGACAGCAAAAUAACGCAGAAUGCGACCGGAGGAACAAAGAACCACUCAGACUUGAGAACCAAACGCGACACUUAGAGAAAACAGAAAACACGUUUAUUCGUAUCAAACUCAGUUUUGUUAUGAUGAACGGAAACAGAAAAUACAGUGUUGCCAAUAUACAUAAAUUAAUCUCUCCAUUACUUACUCAACGGGGGUGCUUCAAUAUACUCAUCCUACUCCCACACAAAUGACAUAUAAAAUUUCUGAAAAGUUGUAGAAUUAUUGGAUUUCCAAAAAAAUCCAAUCUCUGUAAAAAGCCUAGUUGAAUUUUAGGAGAGAUUUUCGUUCUUAAAAAAAUAAUAACGAGAUCCGUGCCAUUUUACGGCACGGGUUUACUCAUAUAUGUCCACAAUGUCCUGCGAUGUUGGAAGAAUAUGAAAAACAUAGAAAGUUCACUGCUUGGAUUAUUAUGUUGAAAAAGAAAUAAUUCAACAAUAAUAGUAGUUUCUCGAGAUUCUCCAAAUAAAUCGUUGCUUGCUGAGAACCACACACAUUUCCUUUGGAAUUUGUCUAGAACGUUUGUGGAAUCUCUGGAGGAUUUUUUUUAUUAUCACUCGAUGAUUUUUUUUAGCAGUUUUAGAUGAGUUUUUGUAAAAGUCCUUGGAGAACAGUUACGCUCUUGUUGAAUCUCUUGUGGAGUUUCUAGAAAAAUCUCAAGAAGCGGGCAAAUGUGGAAAAGAAUUGAUGAAGUACCGUCUUACCCCGUUGGUUCGACACGUUUUAAUACGACACUUUUUAAUUCGUACCCCGCUUAUUCGACACAUGUCGAAUUAAAAAGUGUUCGAAUGUCACAACGAUGUACACUGUAAAUGCAAAACAGUUUUAUAUCGCGCUUAUACACCCACCCGCAGCAGCUCCUCUUGCAGCCGCUAAUUCCGGAAGUUCUGUGUUGGUGCUAUUCUACACCCAAACCGGCUGGAGACCAACCGGAAUGAACUGAGGAUGGCAAUAAUCGUAGAAAGAACGAGCUUUUCAUUUGCACCACCGCAAUAUAUGUUGCAAUUAUGUUUCAUAACAAACCCGGAAAUCAAAACAAAAACAAAAAUAGAAUUGCCAAAAUUCAAUAGAGGUAAUCACGUUCAAAUGUAUGCGUGCCUUUUUAGUAGAUGUAGUUGUGAAACUGCGAGGAAAAUAUUUGCACUCUUGCCCCGGACGUUAGUUUUAUCAUUAUUUACCCGUUUUACCCAAUUCGAUUGGGUAAUAUUUGCAUAUGCAAUCUGAAUAGCCUUUCAAUCGGCGUGCACUUUUGUGUGAGGAAAAAUUUGCGCUAGUGUUCGUGUGUUGAAAUGUCACUUAUCUCUAUGAGCAUGAUGGUGUAGGGUGACCAGUUUGUCGAAUUAAAAGUUUACCCCGGUUAUUCGACAACAGUCGGUGUCGUAUUAGCGGGGUAAUACGGUAAUCGAACAUUGAAGCAAACUUAUUUUUUGAUGCUCACCGCACUAAGACAAAGGCGCUACUGUGUUUACAAUGGACCUUAACAUUGCUACAGCAGUGAAGUUAUGUCAAGCACACAAUGCCACGGUGCCACAAUUUGUUCCUUCUAAAAGCGACCCUUUUAAUGAUUUCACGGCUGACCGUAUAAGGCUAUCUGGCGCUCAUCACCCUUCUCUCUCAAGCAGUCACAGAAGAUAGCAAUUUUUUGUUUAAUAUUUUCAUAGGGAAACGUUUCCGUAUGAAAACAAACCUAUCCUCCUCGGGAGGAUAGGACAUCAGAGAAUACAAAUAUGGCUGCCUUGGACCCCUACUCACGUUUUCAAGAGCACCAAUCUUGAAAAUUCGUAAACUAAUGCGCUCGAUUUGGAAAACCUGCCUCUUUUUGCGAGUCAGGAAAAACAAAUGCGGUUUGGUCCGAGGCUUCGUUUGUCAGAUUUGUGCCUCUAAGUUUAUAUGCAAAAAUGCAAUGAGAUUUCUUGAUGUUUCACCUUAAAUUGGAAUGGAGAGAAAAUGGAACCCGGUUCUCGUUUUAACGAAGGCUAUCAUAUGAAUUGGAAACAUUCAAAUGAUGCACUUAAAUUAGAAGCGAAUAUUUCAGAAAUAACUCCAGCUAAUUCCACUAGAAGUGUUAUAAUUCGGUCUGGUCUGCCUGAAAUUCUACGAAUAAAUCUAUUUACAAUUCGUGUAAUACAGACAAGCCACGGGUGGCUGACAAUUUUUGACGCUCAAAAAGAGAAAGAAAGACAAUUACACCGUCUUCGGCCAGAGGCUGCACAGACAGAACAUUUACUAACAUUAGCCAACGGACAACACACAUAAUACCCAGUGGCCCAGUUGAGAAUUCCAAGUGUUUCCGUUUGACGAAAGUCUAACCCCGACUAGAGCGGAAAUCGAACCCACACUCUAAGGCUUACGAGACACCUAAACGACUGAUGCCGCUAACCGCCACGAAGCCCCCAAAAAAAUUAAAAUUCAUCCGAUUUUCGUCGAAAUCAACAGAAAAACGAAAUUUAGAGCUGGAAAUAAAGUGUGGUCACUCUGUCCUGUUUUAUUGUAUCAUGAUCUUAUUUCUGUACUUAAAAAUGAUCUAAACCUCGAUUGUUACGAGACUUGUACUUAUUGUUUCCAAGUGUUAUCUUUACGUAUUUGUUACUUUCAUUGUAAUUCGUUAUACCCUAUUCCAUUCGUAAAACAAAGUGCUCAAUGUAAUAACGCGCAUCAAAAUUUCGAAAACAGAAAGACAGAUAAGAAGUAGAUACUAGUGCCUUUAGAGUUGGACUUUGAAAAACAAAAUUUUAGAACAAGAAUUCAAAAGUGCACCUUCUUUUAUAAUUGGAAGUUUCAAUUAGUAAUCAAAAUAUGCCUUUCUAUACAAAAGCGUUUAAAUUACUAGAUAAUAUACAACCUGAAUAUCUAAAAAAAAACAACAAUAGGACAUUCCAACAGCUGUGUAACAAUAUAAAUAUCGUAAUGCAGAUGUUUCACUUUUGUAAGACUACGCGAUGAACAUGAUAGUUCAUCGGAACAGAUCGACCGAUAAGACACACUCCGUGAUUGGAGUGCAUUCACAUUGUACACACAAAAUACAACUUUGGCCUUUUCAUAUACAUACCAAAAAAUCUAUGAGAUAUGAUAAAUAAAUCAAAGCUGGUUACGAAGAACAACAACUCACGGAAGUAUUUGUUCGAUCAAUAAAGAACGUCCGAAAAGCAAUUAAGACACAGUAAGUUUUACUUAUACAUUACAAAAUGCGAACAUGUUCACUUAACUACAAAAUAUAUCAAUUUAAAAACGAUGAGCCUCCCCUGGUGGAAAUAAUACAGUUGUAGUAAUAAGUAGUGUGUAUAAUGACCGUUCAAGUAAAAAAUAUACCUAUUAUUUUUAUUGAA